UAAACGGCCGAGCACUGCUAGCAGAGAUGAGGGUCUUGUACUGCAGCUUGCUGGCGCUCAUGACGCUGACGUCUUGUGGCCGGGCCGUCGUCUUCACGAGGUGCGAGCUGUACCACGAGCUGCUGCAGAGGGACUUCCCCGAGGACCAGCUGCCGGACUGGGUGUGCCUGGUGGAGAACGAGAGUGCCCGCAACACGUCAGCACUGGGUACCCUCAACAGCAAUGGCAGCCAGGACUUCGGACUUUUCCAGAUCAACAACCGCUACUGGUGCGAUAGCUGGAACGGUACUGAGGGAGACUGUCACGUUGCUUGCAAAGACCUUCUGGACGACGACAUCGACGACGACUGCGAAUGUGCGCACCUUAUCUACUCGCGGCAGGGCUUCAACGCGUGGUACGGCUGGAUCAACCGCUGCAAGGACAAGCCUCUGCCAGAUCUUUCAAACUGCUGA